AUGGCUUCCAUGAUAGACAUUCAGCGCGACAUCAUUCUCAACGCUAUCAAGCAGACGACCCGCGGCGACUGGAAGAUACUCAUCUUGGACGAAGACACUCAGAAGUUGAUCAACAACGUGGUCAAGGAAGAUGACAUUCUCAACCUCAACAUUACAAGAAUAUGCGUUGCGCUCGGCGAAUACCCCAUCAUUCGAUAUUACCGGCCGCGAAACCCUACCCACGAGGCCAGUGUCCUGUGCUCCCACCUUGCGCGUUUCGUCCAAGACAAGCUGGACAUGUACUCGCAGUUCAACCAAGACUUUCCUCCACAAUCGAACCGGCCGCGCGGUGCCCUCUUCAUCACCGACAGAUCCAUGGACCUCAUGGCUCCGUUUUUGCACGAGUUCACAUACCAAGCCAUGGCCAUGGACUUGCUUCCUAUACAAGACAGUGACAAGGUUACAUACCGAACCAUUGUCAAUGAGGAGGAUCCAGAAGCCGAGGAGAAGGACAUGGAGAUUUCCGACAAGGACAAGAUUUGGGUCGAGAAUCGCCAUCGACACAUGAAGGAUACUCUCGACAAGCUGAUUAGCGACUUUCAAAAGUUCAUUGCCGACAACCCUCAUUUCACCAACCAAGACGCUCAGAACGCUGCGGGUAUGAAUGGACUGAAUGCAAUCAAGGAUAUGAUCGCGGGGUUGCCACAAUUCCAAGAAAUGAAGGAAGCCUACUCGUUGCAUCUCACCAUGGCGCAGAAAUGCAUGGAGAUCUUCCAGAAACACAAACUACCGGACUUGGCAUCAGUCGAGCAGUGUCUGGCCACAGGCCUCGACGAAGACUAUCGAAAGCCCAAGAACAUGACGGAUCAGAUGGUUAGGACCUUGGACGACGAAGAAGUAACGCCAGCGGACCGACUACGAUUGAUUGCGCUCUAUGUUCUCUUUAAGAAUGGGAUACUACCAGCCGAUCUUCAAAAGCUCCUGUUCCACGCACAACUUCCCCCACCCGAUGGUGAAGUCAUCCGUAAUCUCGAUCUUCUAGGUGCGCGAGUUGCCAGACAACUCAAGGAGAAGCGGGAUGCGCCUCAGCCUCUCUUCCCACCUAAACCAGCGCCUCCACCAAACGCUGAAGAUUAUGGCUUGUCCAGGUUCAACCCAGCCUUGCAGGACAUGCUUGAGGAACAUGUCCGUGGCACAUUGCCACAAGACGUUUUCCCAUUCACCAAGAUGUCGCCCGACGAUGCCGCUCAGAUGGCACAAGACAAUUCUGCCCCAGCUUCUCUUCGCUCUGCGAAACCCACAUGGGCCAAGUCGAGGCUAGCCAGCGUGGAACCCCGUCAACGUGUCAUCGUGUUUGUGGCAGGUGGUGCAACAUACUCGGAAGCGCGUGCCUGUUACGACGUUUCCAACAAGACAUCGCGCGAUGUCUUCCUCGUCACAUCCCACAUGAUGAAGCCACAGCUCUUCCUCCGCCAAGUCGGCGAUCUCACCCAACCCCGCCGCAGUCUCCGUUUACCCAUAGACCAGCCCCAACCAAAAGCCCCAGAGCAUCUCUUCGAGAAGCCAGAGCCGCCCAAACCAGCGCCACCUCCUGCCGGCACUAAACCCCAGAUACCCGGAGGCCUACCAACUGGACCGCGAGUCGCUCCUGGCCCGCCCAAGCCCCCAACGGCUGCAAUGGCUGCAGUCAAUCUCAACUCGUCCAAACACAGCCCCGCGGCGUCUCAGAGUAGCACCAAGCCUGGGAAGGAGGAAAAGGAAGAAAAAAAGAAGAAGAAGAAGUUGCAUUUGUUUUCUUCAAAGCAUUAG